GCCAGUUCGUUACUGACAGUCGUGAAUAGAGCUUGUGAGCUGUUCAACGUGCGUUCAUAAGUCCUGCAUAUUAUAAAGCCAUACCAAGAUGUUUUCAAACUUGGGACAGAACCUGGCAUGUCAACCUCAAAUGUACUGCCAGAUCAAUGGCACUCUUUUUGCCAUUACUCCAUUACCAAGACAACCUGGUAUGGCCUGGCCAAAUAGUGGUUGUGGACAAGAGCCCCGACCGGAUUUUCAAAUCUCAUUCAGAUGUGAAGGUUGUCAGAAAUUGUUAUUCGAGCAGCCACCACCAUCGUGCCGCCCUGUUCCUGGACCUACUCUGCCAUUGCCAGGAGGAUGUCGUUGUGGACCUGCUGUUGAAUGGGUUCCUACUAACAGCGAUCAUGUUCACACACUCAGCGAUCGUGCUGUAGUUGCUGGAUAUGAGAAGCACAACGGUAGCGCCCUCUGGGUUAUUAGAGCCAAGUUUGAAGGAAAUCUGAUUCCUGGUAAACUAGUUUUGAAUUCUAAGACCGCUUAUUUUGGAUGGGAUGGACAAGAACAUGCCGUUAAUGAGUUUGAGGUUUGCUGUGCUCGUCCAGAGAGGAUCAUGUGGCAGGAGAGCCGCAAUGGUAAUGUUCCUUCAAAUGCGAUUGUAGCUGGCAAAACUUUGAAUGGAGAGCCUCUGUAUGUCGGCAGGGCCUUUGAGGAAGGAUCACUGACGCCUGGAAAGGUGCAUCCCAGUUACCAAACGUUAUUCCUUCCGUUCUACGGUAAGGAAGUUUCCCACAAAGAAUACGAAGUACUCUGCGCCGUCAAUGUUGUCCAUCUGUGUAAUUGUACACAUUUAUAUUAGACUAGCCACGCUCAGGCAGUUUAACCCGCUCCUUGUAUCCCUUUGAUAGUAGCGUGAUGUUUUACAGCCUAUUAUAGCACUCAGGAAAAUUGUAGUUGUUAUCUAUCAGUAAAGAAUUUUGCGAAUCCGACCAGCGGUUCCAAAGAUCGGAAAGCGGUCCCUGUAUACAAACUUACAAAUUACCUCUUAUAAUGUUUCUAUCUCUUUACAGUGUUAUCGCAAUUGUAGUAUAGAAGUAUAAUAAUAUGUCCAUAAUAUGUUUUUUAUAGAAGCAAAUCAAA